UCGCUCAGAGCUGAUUGACGCGCGUGAGCGCUUCGGGCACGCGCGCACGCAGACACGGGGACGAGCGCGCGGCGCACACUCCCUCCGUUCCCUCCUCCGCAGGACGGAAGUGGCUUCCUAUUUUUUUUACAGUCUCAUAAGAGCGGCUCGAGGAGCUGCAGCCCGAGCAACACGCGCCCGCGAGAGCGCACAACUAAUGUUUAUGUUAAUUCGCCGGAGAGUGGCCGACGGUAACAACAAGCGAGCAAAGGGCAUAUCUACGGUCCUCGGUCGUCGGGCCGAGGUUUUCCGGUGUUAGGUCAGCGUUUUUCCGCGCUCCCGGAGAGCGAAUCCUGCGCAUUCCUCCAUGCAGAGCGCCGGAGAGGCAGAGCGACCUACAGGCUGAACGGGCAACGAGCGCUGGAAGCGGCCUCGUCACAGGCUGGACCUGUAAAUCCACCCUGGGGGACUUGUUGAAGACGUCCCGUGCGGCGCCGUGGCUUCGCGUCAGCCUCCCUGCGUCCGCCCGCGGUGCCCCAACGACCCCGCGCACACCGUGACAGCGGCGCUUUGAUGCAUUAUUUACGGUAUUUCGGUCCGAGGCUCGCGCUGCGACUUGAACCGACCGAGCGCCGGCUGCGCCCGACGCCGCCCGAACGGGCGCCCAUGGUGGACUAGACCGAGGAGGCAGCGCGACGACGACACGGUGCCGAAUUGGAGAGCGGACGAACGAGCCGAACUCGGAAAGCCUUCGCUGCGCCCGCGGGUGCCGUUCGUAGCGCGGAGCUCCGCGGCCAUGCUGUCCGCUCGCGGCGAGAAGCCGACGCAGCGUCACCCCGGUUCGGGCUUUAUUUCGAGGGAGUCGACAAAGAAGCAUCGCUAGAAUAGCGCACCCGCGUGUUUGAAAUAAUAAUAAUAACUUGGAUUCCUCUCAACAAAACGCCUUGCGUAACUGAAUCAAUCCCCGGAGCCUCAGUGUUUUUCUUUUUCUUGCCUCGGGUUUUGGAGCAUCACGUCACAGUUUGAUUUCAGAGACGGGAGUCCGCUCGAACCAUUUCACUGUUGAACUGACUUUAAAGCUUGAUGAAUCUACCUCAAAAGUGUCCGCUGUUUUCUACAUAGCGCCGCGGACCGAUGCGGCCCCCAACGAAUACCUCGACCUCGUCGCCGCGCGUGUUGUAAGCUGAUCCCGUGUCUCGGUAGCGCCGCAGAUGGCUUCAUUUCCAGACUCGGACCUGCAGACGUGCCCGCUCUGCAAGGAGCUCUGCGGCUCCUCUGCGCCCAUCUCCUCCAGCUCGUCCACGUCCUCGUCCUCCUCGCACACCUCGUCCUCCUCCAGCCAGACGACCCGGAGGCUCCACGUGCUGCCGUGCCUCCACGCCUUCUGCAGGCACUGCCUCGAGGGCCAGCGCAGCCCCGGGGACCCGCUCAAGCUGCGCUGCCCCACCUGCGACCAAAAGGUCUCCAUCUCCGAGGCCGGGGUGGACUCCCUGCCCUCCUCCAACUUCCUCUUCAACAACCUGCUGGACGUGGUGGUGAGCUCCGAGGAGCAGCUCCACCCCAAGAACGGCCACCACCACCACCACCACCACCGGGGCGGUUUGGUCGGAGGCUCCUCCGGCUUCCAUCACUCGCACGCGGGGCUGCUGCAGCCGCAUCUGCUGGGCGAGCCCCAGUGCAGCUCCUGCGACGAGGAGAACCCGGCCACCUCCCACUGCCUGGACUGCCAGGAGUACCUGUGCGACAACUGCGUGCGCGCCCACCAGCGGGUGCGGCUGACCAAGGACCACUUCAUCGAGCGCCUCGGCGAGAACCUGCACCUGGGCAACGCCAACAGCAACCCCGGCCAGUCAGGUGUGUCGGUGUGCCUCGCCCAGUCCCUGCAGAGCAACUUCGCCCUGCUGUCGCUGUUCCAGGACCGCAUGAGCUUCUGUCAGCACCACGACAAUGAGAUGUUUCUGUUCUUCUGUGAAACCUGCUCGGUGCCUAUCUGCAGGGAAUGCAGCAUGGGCCAUCAUAUGGGCCACACCUUUGUUUACCUGCAAGAUGCUGUGCAGGACUGCAGGGCCAUCACCAUCCAGCUACUGGCGGAUGCACAGCAGGGGCGUCAAGCUGUGCAGCUGAGCAUGGAGAAAGUCCAGGCCAUGGCCGAGCAGGUGGAGAUCAAAGCGAAGGUGGUGCAGUCUGAAGUGAAGGCGCUUGUUCUCAGACACAAGAAAGCCUUGGAGGAGAGGGAAUGUGAGCUGCUAUGGAAGGUGGAGAAGAUCCGCCAGGUGAAGGCCAAGUCUCUCUACCUGCAGGUGGAGAAACUGCACCAAAGCCUGACCAAGUUGGACAGUACCAUCGCCGCCGUCAGCCAGGUCCUGGACGAGGGCCGCCACCUGGAUGUGCUACUGGCCAGGGAACGGAUGCUCACCCAGAUCCAUGAACUCAAAGCCUUGAGGAGUUUGCUGCAGCCACAAGAGGAUGACCGCUUCAUGUUCACUCCUCCAGACCAGGCUCUGUACAUAGCCGUCCAGUCCAUGGGCCUGAUCAGCAGUGGAGCCUUUGCCCCUGUCACUAAAGCCCACGGCGAGGGUCUUAAAAGUGCACUUCGUGGCAAACCAGCAUCGUUUACAGUGAUCGGCUACGACCAUGACGGUGAGCCGCGCCUCUCCGGUGGAGACGCGGUGUCUGCUAUCGUCAUGUCCAUCACAGAUGGAAACCUGUCUGCAGUGGAGGUAACGGACCACCAGAACGGUUCCUACACCAUCAGCUACCUCCCCAAAUACGAGGGGGAGCACCUAGUGUCCGUACUGGUCUGUAACCAGCACAUCCAGGGCAGCCCCUUCAAAGUAGUGGUGAAGUCAGGCCGGAGCUACAGCUCACUGGGCUCCCAGGUGUCGUCGUUCGGGUGCGAGGGCGAGGGAGACGGUCAGCUGUGUCGCCCCUGGGGUGUCAGUGUGGACAAGGAGGGAUACGUGGUGGUCGCUGAUCGGAGCAACAACCGCAUACAGAUAUUCAAGCCUUGUGGGGCCUUUCAUCAUAAGUUUGGCUCUCUGGGCUCUCGGCCCGGUCAGUUUGACCGUCCAGCGGGGGUGGCAUGCGACAGUCAGAGACGCAUUAUUGUGGCCGAUAAGGACAAUCACCGUGUGCAGGUGUUUACUUUCGAGGGCCAGUUCCUGCUGAAAUUUGGGGAGAAGGGUACCAAGAAUGGGCAGUUCAACUAUCCUUGGGAUGUGGCUGUCAACUCCGAAGGCAAGAUCCUUGUCUCAGACACCAGGAACCACCGUGUGCAGCUCUUCGCGCCUGACGGCUCUUUCCUCAACAAGUAUGGGUUUGAAGGGGCCCUUUGGAAACACUUUGACUCUCCCAGAGGUGUAGCCUUCAACCACGAAGACCACCUGGUGGUGACUGACUUCAACAACCACCGGCUCCUGGUCAUUAGACCCGACUGCCAGUCUGCCCGCUUCCUCGGGUCUGAGGGAACUGGAAACGGGCAAUUCCUCCGUCCGCAGGGCGUCGCCGUCAACCAGGAGAACCGCAUCAUCGUGGCGGACUCCCGCAACCAUCGAAUCCAAGUUUUUGAGCCCAAUGGAAACUUCUUAUGCAAAUUUGGUACACAGGGGAGCGGCUUUGGUCAGAUGGACCGCCCCUCCGGUGUAGCUGUGACGCCUGAUGGAGUCAUUGUGGUCGUUGACUUUGGAAAUAAUCGCAUCCUCAAGUUUUAAAGUUUGUUUGUGCAUUCUCAAUUCUUCAUUUGUCCUUCUGCAGAUUUUUGAAUGAAGGAAAUUGAUGAGAGGGAAUGAUAGAUCAAUAGACAUGAGGAGGAGAGUUCCAAGAGGAUCAGAGCUGAUGUUGAAAGAAGGGAAAUUUAAACUCUGGAUGAUAGUUAUUUCAUUGAAAAUCUGAUAUUCAUAUCAAGACUCUGAUAAUUAUGCGACCUCUACAAAUUGAUAAUCAAUAGAAAAAGAGACAUAGUUCCCUUCUGUCUCAGCCGCUCUUUCCCCCUAAUCUCCCCUUAUGUAUUCAUCUCAGGGAAUUUUUCACUUUUUUGAAAUCUUGUACCCUCUGCUCCACACCUACCUCAUUUAGCUCUUUAUGAAUGUACUCACAGUCAAUGAGCAGAGGUUUAAGUCCAAGAAGUUUUACAAAGAAGAAUGGUCUACCUCUAUACUUUAUUUAAGAAAGACAAAAAGGAAUAGACUUUUCAGUUUGCACAGGAUUAAUGGAAUUCUUGCUGUGCAUUUGGAGAUGCGAGUUAAAGUGAACCUUCUAAAUGUUGAGCUGAGAAGUGCUGAGUCAAUAAUCGCUGUAGGGGCUGCGUGAUUUAUUCACAUUAGAAGACUUUGUUUGGAAUUGAAACUAGGGUACAGUAAUGUCCUUUCAUAUAUUUAGGAUAUUUUUUUGUUUUGCAUUGACCCUAAUGUCUCCGUGGUUCUGUGGAGUUGUCUAUUUUGCCUAAGAGGAAAAAGUGAAGCAAUGCCAAAACUUGAUUGAAUCAAAAUGAGCUCAGGUCACUAUUGGACUGAUUUAAAACGAUCAGUGCCCCACAGGCUUUCCCUCAAGCUUCACUGGCUAAAGCUUCUUCAAGUAGAUUAAUUAAGUAAGACAUUUAAAAGACUCCCCGAAUGAUUUGGUCGUGCAUACGCCAUGCUGUCAUCGUCUCUUGUAACGUAUGCCUUGCUAAAAAAGAGACUAACUCUUUCAUUACUAUCUUCUGCAUGACUGACUGAAAUGCAAAGAUUAUUGUCAAUAGAUCAGCAUCUCCUUCACGUAGGAGGACUCACCAAAGGUUGUUGAUAAUUAAUCUUUGUGUUUAUUAGUGAUCCUAAUAUGGAGAGUAAUUGGAGUGAAUGAAUGAGCACAUUGAUGAGGCGUGCUGUGUAACAAAACCCUGAUGUGGCCACUGAGGGGACAUUGAUGUCAAACGAAACCCCUAAUUUUACAAUCCUUUGGAUUUUAUACUGUGGUUGAAAGCCACUCCCUUUAGUUCCUGGGGCCAGUUCGAUCAGAGGACACCUUUUCAUUGACGCUAGCAGACCACUCCUCUAAAGAUGGAGGGCCACAGACCAACUACUGGUGUAAACCAAAGUCUGAAUGAAUUUCUGCACAAAGGCCAAAUGGAGAUUUGGCAAUUACAGAAACUAAAAAUCUAAAUGAAUGAAAAAUUGCCCUUAAAAUAAUAUUUUUAAGACGCUGUUGGGAAGUUCACAUACUUCAGAGCACUGUCCGUGUUAGACUAACACAAACACUGAGUCCUUCCUGUGUGAUGCCUUUGUCAUUUGCCUGCAGAGACACCUGCACCAAAGAAAAGCUGUUUUCCCAUCGCAUUUAUUGCCUAUUACCCAUUAAAUAAUGGCUCGGUUCCAUCACUGCUAGAAGGACCAAAUGUUCAAGGUAGCAUCUCACAUUGGCUUCUGUAUUUGUAUUACAACUAUUAAGUAUUAACUCUUGUUGGACUUGGCAGGGUUGAGUCCCCUUGGCCCUUCUGCUCAGUCUGUGUCCCACUGAAAGUGCUAAGACAAUUCUGCUUCUGUUGGACACUUCCUCGGCCUGGAACAAAUCUAGGGACCCCAAAAAACAUAGCGAUUCCCUUUCACCUCUGAGGAGAGAGCUUGUCUACACAUAAUCAUUCUUGGGUUCAUUUUCUAUACCUCAACAAUCAUUUACCUCCUUUUUAAAAUACCUCAGCUCCUGAAUACCUCAAGUAUGUCACUUCUAGCUACUGUGCAUUUAAACUUUCAAAUACCUCAACUUGUUACUCUUUCUGAAUACCUCAUUUUGUUUUAUGUAAGCAUACCUCAUCAGAUAUUUAUAUCUUGCUAAUAUACCUCAUUCUUUGACUCUGUGUUACAGUGUAGUACAUGACUCAUAGCUCUAGGACCAAAGAUCACGGUACUGUUUCGUGUUGAAAUAAAAUUUGUAAUUGCAUUCAUCACUCCAUCUGGCAACCCUGAACAGGCUUCGGUUUGUAGAAUCUACUGUACAUUGCCUUUUAUCCCAAAAAUACCAAAUAUAUCAGACAGAAGCAUUGUGCCAAAAGGAUCUGUGAGAGCUCUGUGCCAAACAGGGGUGACAUUUGGACCACAUUGUUAUAGACGACAAAUGUCAUUGAACUAUUAUAUCCUAGAUACAAAUGUUUAGUCGGAGCACCUGAGAACAAAACCUCCUUCUCUGAUUGGAUGCACUUAAGAGGGCUGGGCCCGAUUGUACCUCAUGAUGAUGAUUGUCAUCAUCGUCAUCACAAUGACGAACAUGCAGAUUCUGCUUACAAGUCAUAAGUAGAAUGUAAUUAGUUUUUGUGCGCCAGGGCUGAGGGGAGUAGAAAAGGCCUCUUUUAAAGAGCUAAGAACAUCAUGUUUGCCUUUUAGCACACAAUAGUUACCUCUAAUCUCACCAUUCACCAACUGUUCAGUGUGGAGGAUGCAUGAUGUUUGUGUAGGACCUCAAGUCAAGUCUAAAACUGUGGUUUAAACCAAUACAACAGAGAAUUGCACCUAAUGGUGACAGCAGGACGCUUUAUUAUUUAAGUGGAGCUAUUCGCACAUUGAUUGCAAGCCAGUUAGAGUCCACGUACCCUGCUGCUCUGAACCUAACUUAUAGUGUCACCAAUAAGUUUUGUUUUUUUUCUUUCCUUGGGGCUUUUCAGUAUUACACCGUUUUGUUUUAAUUGAGAUUGCAGAAUUCUAUCUUUAAGAUCCUUAGGUCUUCACUCUUAAAGAGGAAAAAUGUAUUUUAAACCUUUUUUUUGUUUUUCAUUUUGUUGCAUGCUUUAAAAAAAGACCUUAUAAAUUGAUCUUCUCAGAUGGGCUAGGUAGCUGAUUGUGGGGAUGGUUUUACCAAAAUAUAUACCCAAAGACGUGUAUGUGUGUGUGUGUGCGUGCGUGUGUUAGGAUUGCAUUGGAUGGAGUUAGCCUUUGACAUUUGUGAUUGUAUUUCCUGUUCUCUAGAGGCUCUGCAGAGCACAAGUUCCUGUUCACACAGCCACGCCUCAAUUCCCGAGAAAUCCUCCGAUAAAUGCAGGAGGCUGGUGUGUCCGUGGGCCAUUAGUGCUUCAUGUCUCUACGCCCCUCUAAGUAUAUCUUAACAAUCUCUGUAACUUUGGAGGCUGCGAAAACCUCCCUUCUGAUUCCUCUUCCUGACAAUGAUUAGUCCGUGCGCCAGCCAUUUUGUUUUCAACCUUGCGAUGGGAGCAGCUUGGUUUUUCCAGCACAAUCAUUUGACCUCUUCAUCUUCGUAAGAGUCUUGGAAGUGUAGUGAUGUGUUUAAAACAAAAAACAAAGGCAAAGCUACAUCAGUUGACGUGCAAGGAUGUAGACCUCCCUUUUAUACAAUUGUAUACUCAAAACAAAACAAACUAAAAAAGUAAAAAAAAUGUAGAAAGGAAAAGAACUUACAAAACUCAGGUAGUCUCAGCAGCCGUGCCCUGCUGGUGUCUCAUUGUUCUCUUAGUGGUUGAUGUAGUGUUAUGACGUCUCAGUACUUCUCUAAUUAUUUUGUGUGUCCAUUUACAUAUAUGAAAACAAAAACGCAUAAUUUCUCAAAUUGCCUUUGACUAGAUUCCCCCUGAUUACUACUUUGUUUUUCUCUUCUCAAUUUUGCUUUGUUUUGUUAUUUUCCAACGAAGUACAAAUUCCUCACACCACUCGAUGCUCAUCGGCUCUUUUAGAAUGUAUUUUGUGAAGAAAAGGGUUCGAUGGCGUCUUGUUGACGCUCGCUUGCUACAAACCAGCCGCUGACGGGGUUCCGAGACACAGCGGAGCCGCUCGCUGUGAGGCGUUCCCUGCCAGCAAAAGCAAACGCAGUAUGUGGAACACGCAGCGGCCGACCGUGUCUAAUUUGACCGAAUCCACGCUCCUGUUCCCGUUGUGUCUCGUUCCCGUAGCGGGCGGUUUGUGUUUGCGCGCCGCAGUUGUGUCGUCUGAGCAGAAAUCCACUGAAUGUAUCCUCGCAGUCCAAGAUGCAGAGGGAGCCAGCGUGGCCAGCCGAGUUUAGCUGGGUGCUGCUGGCACUUCCUCAUUCAGGCCGCUGUGUGGGUGGGUGUGCGUCUGUGUGUGUGUCUGUGUGUUUGUUCGUUAAACAGUGUGUGUGUGUGUGUUUGCCAGCACACCUCUCCGCACUCAUGUCGUGCUGAGUGGAAAUGCAGAUGUUAGGUCUUCAGUCUAACUAAAUGAGGCAGAGGAGACUAAAAUAUAUUUGCCACCUGCUGCUCUCUCUGUGCUCUGUGGACUUUAAACAUUUCCUAUGCAGUUUCUUUUGUUUGUUUUUUGUUUACACUUAAAUAAAGUUUUAUUUCUUUGACUUCAAA